CCACGCCCACUUUUUAGUUUUCACUGUGUCCUGUCGUCCUGACUCGCACUCACGCACACACACACUGAACUCGUUUUCCUUAUAACAACACCCACCCAUUAGACCUCCACUAGAUUUGUACACCUGCCAAUCAUGGACGACGCAGAGUUGGCCGAAAUUAGAGCUAAAAGGAUGGCACAGCUCAGAGCAGAGCAAGGAGGAGCGCGAGGAGCGAAUGCCAGUGAAGCUGAGGAUCGAAUGAGACAACAAAAUGAAAUGAAAAACUCUAUGCUGUCACAAAUUCUCAGCCAAGAUGCUAGAGCCAGAUUGAAUACUCUGCAAAUAGCCAAGCCAGAAAAAGCGCGGCAAGUCGAAACCAUGCUCAUCUCGAUGGCACAAAGAGGUCGCAUCCAAGGCCAGCUAGGCGAGGAACAACUCAAAAAUAUUUUGGAAAACGUGAGCAGCUCAAAGUCGCAAAGCUCUGUCAGUUUUGAUAGAAGAAGAGCUACACUCGACUCUGAUGAUGAACUUGAUCUGUGAGAACGCUCCAACUAUUUAUCAUAAUGCAUUAUCCGGAUUGAAAUGACACAACCGAUUAAUAUAGGGGUUGAUUUUUUAUUUGUUCAAAAUUAGGCAAGCCAAAAGAAUUGAAGAUUUUGAUACAAAAUUGCAAUCAAUUCCUUUCCAAAACGAACUAACACAAUGAAAGAAGGCAAAAUAUAAUAAGAAAAUAACA